AUGCACCUACAUAGCCCCUCUCUGAAUAUGGCUGAUGGAAGUUUCUCUCUUUCUGGGCAUUUGGUCAGGAGCCCAGGGGGAAACCCUUCCAGACUCCACAGCAUAGAGGCCAUCUUGGGAUUUUCCAAAGAUGACAACGUCCUAAGCUCAUUCCAGUCUGAAGUCAGUCUCAGGAGUACCAAGGAGGCAGAUAAGAGGACCCCUAGGCAUUGUCUCCAUAAAAUGUCAGACGAGAUCCAGCCCCGCCAGGAUCAUAUGGAAGACAGACAGGAUGAGGGUUACCCAGAUUCCUACUGUAGUAAGACUUCAAACGACUGCCCGAGCCCAGAUCUAUCCAAUAACAGUGACCAUAAGUUGUCAGAUGAUGAUCAGCCCAAGAAGAAGCACAGAAGGAACCGAACAACUUUUACAACCUACCAGCUGCAUGAGCUGGAGAGGGCGUUUGAGAAGUCCCACUACCCUGAUGUGUACAGCAGAGAGGAGCUGGCUAUGAAGGUCAACUUGCCUGAAGUCAGGGUGCAGGUUUGGUUUCAGAACAGAAGAGCAAAGUGGAGGAGGCAGGAAAAGUUGGAGGUGACUUCUAUGAAGUUGCAAGACUCCCCGAUGCUUUCCUUUAACCGUUCCCCCCAGCCACCAUCUAUGAGUACCAUUAGCAGCAGUCUCCCCCUGGACUCCUGGCUCACUCCACCAAUGUCUAACACAACGGCCUUGCAAAGUUUGCCUGGAUUUGUUACCUCCACACAGAGUAUUCCUGGCAGUUAUACCCCACCACCCUUCAUGAACAAUGCUCUGCAACCACUGGGAGCAAUGGGCCCACCACCCCCUUACCAAUGUGGGGCCAAUUUUGUGGACAAAUAUCCAAUGGAAGAAGUGGACCCUAGAAACACCAGUAUAGCGGCACUGAGAAUGAAAGCUAAGGAACACAUCCAAUCAAUCGGAAAGCCUUGGCAGACCCUCUGA